CUCAAUACUUGCAUUCUCAUAUCUUAAGUGGGAAUAACACAUGCCAAAAUUCCUGAAGCCAUAGCAACAUCAUCAUCAUCACCACCAAUCCAUCAAUCUGUCAGCCUCCAACUACCAACUCAUCUUCCUCUGUUUCUCAUCUACAGAUCAAAUUCUUUUUAACUCUCAAUUCCCACAAGCACUUGAGAUGUAUGAAUGCAGGGCUCUUUUGUUUUGAGGGUAAUGGGCAUAUUGUGCAGAUAAAAUAUAAAAACUGUGUCGUAUCUGAUUCAUCCUGGGAAAGAUCCUGGAAAAACAAGUUUUUAAAAGGUUUCUGGAAACAAGUAAGGUUUGUCAUAUUAUUGCUUCUUUCUGAAACUCCCUCUUCUCUCUUCUCGACGUGGGUGUUUGAGCUCUCUGGAGAGCCAUCCAACAAAGCAAUUCUGUCAAGCUUUUCCAGGUAUCUCCCAAGAAUCCAGAAUCCAAGAAAAGGACAAAUCAUCAAAUGGAUAAUAGGCAUAAUUUAAUGAGGCAAGGCAGUGGUCUGUGGAGAUCCCUAAGAGAUGGAGACUUCGAAGAAGAGGAUGUCUGGGAUGUCCUCAGAGAAAGAAAAGAUUCAAUUUCCAAGAAUGAUAAAUCAGCAGAAUCUUCAUUUUCUGAGAAAUCAGAAGAAUCGUCAUUUUCUGUUCCGAGAAACCUCCCUUCUGCUGCAAGAAUGAUCCCAAUAGCUACAAGUAGUGGAAGUAGCAGCAACAGUUCCUCUCAUGGAACCAACGCAGUGCAGCAAUCAGCGCCUGUCAACAUUCCUGACUGGUCAGGAUUGUGCAAAAACAAGUCAAACAAAACUAGUUCACAGAACGAUGAUGAUCAUGAAUCAGAUGGUGAUGAUUAUCAUGGAGCUGUGAAUGAAGAUGAUGAUGAGGAUUAUAAAUUGCCCCCACAUAAGCUCAUUGCCACAAGGCUAGCAAGGAGCCAGAUUUCAUCAUUUUCUGUUUUUGAAGGAGUUGGCAGGACCCUCAAAGGGAGGGAUCUUAGUAAAGUUAGGAAUGCUGUCUUGACCGAAACUGGGUUUCUUGAAUCACCAUGACCAUAAUUCAAUUCUAUUGCCACAGUGAAGCUGGUGGCUUGCUUAUCUAGUUAGUAUUAGUAAUGUAUAGUGGCUUAUGUUGGUUACUUUGAUGAUCAAUAUUGGUUUCUGUCUAGGGUUUUUGAUCCAACUUACGUAAAAUGGAUGAUUCAGUUCAUGUUAAUGCUUAUUUAGAUUUGGGAUUUGAUCGCU